CUAACUGCACCCCCAAGUUGCCCCGCCGGCUUGCCUCGCUGCGCUGAGGAAUGAAACCUUUCCAGCUCGAUUUGCUCUUCCUCUGCUUCUUCUUCUUCAGUCAAGAACUGGGCCUCCAGAAGAGAGGAUGCUGUCUAGUGUUGGGCUACAUGGCCAAGGACAAGUUUCGGAGAAUGAAUGAAGGCCAAGUCUACUCCUUCAGCCAGCAGCCCCAGGACCAGGUGGUGGUAUCUGGACAGCCAGUGACACUGCUGUGCGCCAUUCCAGAAUACGAUGGCUUCGUUCUGUGGAUCAAAGAUGGUUUGGCUCUGGGAGUAGGCCGCGAUCUCUCCAGCUACCCACAGUACCUAGUGGUGGGAAACCACCUGUCGGGAGAGCAUCACCUGAAGAUCCUGAGGGCAGAGCUGCAGGACGAUGCUGUGUACGAGUGCCAGGCCAUCCAGGCCGCCAUCCGGUCCCGCCCUGCACGCCUCACUGUCCUGGUGCCACCUGAUGACCCCAUCAUCCUGGGGGGACCUGUGAUCAGUCUGCGGGCAGGAGACCCCCUCAACCUUACCUGCCACGCAGACAACGCCAAGCCUGCGGCCUCUAUCAUCUGGCUGCGAAAGGGAGAGGUCAUCAACGGAGCCACCUACUCCAAGACCCUGCUUCGAGAUGGCAAGCGUGAGAGUAUCGUCAGCACGCUCUUCAUUUCCCCUGGCGAUGUGGAGAAUGGACAGAGCAUUGUCUGCCGUGCCACCAACAAAGCCAUUCCAGGGGGGAAGGAGACCUCGGUCACCAUCGACAUCCAACAUCCUCCACUUGUCAACUUGUCAGUAGAACCACAGCCGGUGCUAGAGGACAACGUCGUCACGUUCCACUGCUCUGCAAAGGCCAACCCAGCUGUCACCCAGUACAGGUGGGCCAAACGGGGCCACAUCAUCAAAGAGGCGUCUGGGGAGGUGUACAGAACCACUGUGGACUACACGUACUUCUCUGAGCCUGUGUCCUGCGAGGUCACCAAUGCCCUGGGGAGCACCAACCUCAGCCGCACGGUUGACGUCUACUUCGGCCCUCGCAUGACCACGGAGCCCCAGUCUCUGCUCGUGGAUCUGGGCUCUGAUGCCGUCUUCAGCUGUGCCUGGAUUGGCAACCCGUCCCUGACCAUCGUGUGGAUGAAGCGGGGAUCCGGUGUGGUCCUGAGCAAUGAAAAGACCCUGACUCUCAAAUCUGUCCGCCAAGAGGAUGCUGGGAAGUACGUAUGCCGAGCUGUGGUGCCCCGGGUGGGAGCCGGGGAGCGAGAGGUCACCCUGACCGUCAAUGGGCCUCCCAUCAUCUCCAGCACACAGACCCAGCACGCCCUCCAUGGCGAGAAAGGCCAGAUCAAGUGCUUCAUCCGGAGUACCCCACCGCCUGACCGCAUCGCCUGGUCCUGGAAGGAGAACGUGCUGGAGUCUGGGACCUCAGGGCGCUACACGGUGGAGACAGUGAGCACCGAGGAGGGAGUCAUCUCCACCCUGACCAUCAGCAACAUCGUGCGGGCCGACUUCCAGACCAUCUACAACUGCACAGCCUGGAACAGCUUCGGCUCCGACACCGAGAUCAUCCGGCUCAAGGAGCAAGGUUCGGAAAUGAAGUCGGGAGCCGGGCUGGAAGCAGAAUCUGUGCCGAUGGCCGUCAUCAUCGGUGUGGCCGUAGGAGCUGGUGUGGCCUUCCUGGUCCUCAUGGCAACCAUUGUGGCCUUCUGCUGUGCCCGUUCCCAGAGAAAUCUCAAAGGUGUUGUGUCAGCCAAAAAUGAUAUCCGAGUGGAGAUUGUCCACAAGGAGCCUACUUCUGGUCGGGAGACUGAAGAGCACCCCACCAUCAAGCAGUUGAUGAUGGACCGGGGUGAAUUCCAGCAAGACUCAGUACUGAAGCAGCUGGAGGUCCUCAAAGAAGAGGAGAAGGAAUUUCAGAACCUGAAGGACCCCACCAAUGGCUACUACAGCGUGAACACAUUCAAAGAGCACCACUCCACCCCAACCAUCUCCCUGUCCAGCUGCCAGCCAGACCUGCGUCCUGCAGGCAAGCAGCGCGUGCCCACCGGCAUGUCUUUCACCAACAUCUACAGCACCCUGAGUGGCCAGGGCCGUCUCUACGACUACGGGCAGAGAUUCGUACUGGGCAUGGGCAGCUCAUCCAUCGAGCUCUGUGAGCGCGAGUUCCAGAGGGGCUCCCUCAGCGACAGCAGCUCCUUCCUGGACACGCAGUGUGACAGCAGCGUGAGCAGCAGCGGCAAGCAGGACGGCUACGUGCAGUUUGACAAGGCCAGCAAGGCCUCUGCCUCCUCUUCUCACCACUCCCAGUCUUCAUCCCAGAACUCCGACCCCAGUCGACCCCUGCAGCGGCGGAUGCAGACUCACGUCUGAGGAUCCUCGUGGCACACACUGUGGGUGGGGAUGGGCCGGGAAAGGAGGGCAGGGCCCCAGCACAGGCCAACACUAUGAUGGCCUCGGAGCGCCUCUGCCACCAUCUUCCUUCCUGAUCAAGCACAAAUCUGGUCCCCAUCUGCUCGGAGCCACAGACGGGCGGGGGUGGGGAGAUGGAAAGAAGAUGCAGCUGAGCGCACCGUGCUUGGCAUUGGACACACUGGUUCCCCGGCCCUUUCCUGGAGACCCUUCGACCGCCUGCUCCUCCCACAGGCUCCCGUGGCAGCUAUAACUUUGCUUUUCUGAAACUGCCGUCCACUCUCCGGUCUCCCCCUUUGGGCUUUCCUCUCCCUGAUGCCCAUAAGUCCCCCCACCCCCACCCCGUGCUUGUGCUCCUCACAGCCCUGGGAAAGGGGGAGUUCUUCCCAGCACCCAGCUGCCCCAGAGGACUGACCCCACCCACCCAGCUUUCCUGCUGCUUAGUAAAAACAUGCUUUGGAGGCUGAAGGAGUCAGAAAUAGUCCUGGCCAAAGGAGCACACUGCUAGGGAGUCCACCCUCCAAUUAAUUCGUUUGGUGUUUUGUGUCCAUAUUCUUGCAGUUCUGUCAUUGGACUUGAUGCCCCUGAACGUGGAGGUGGGACUGGCCCAAUCAGAGCCUGGUAUUCCCUGUGGGGGGCGGGGACUAAUAAAGGGAAGGAGGGAGAAUAUGAACUCCCGGGGAAACGUCUCACCCCCCACACACACCCCUGGCCAGGCUGUGCGGUUCAGAGCCUUCCCUCCCCCACCCCCACGCCCCUGCUUUGUGUACUCUCUUCCCCACGGCACAAUUGGAGUUAAUAUAAGAGCUUCUCCGGUCAGGGUUCUUGGACCAGUCAUUGAAGAGUGUUUCCUGGGGGUGGGAGGGUAUCAGUUUGAAGGGGCUGGAGUCAGGUCUUUCAGAGGAUGAAACUCUCCUCCUUGGCUGAUGAACAUGAGGAACAAUGAUCCAGUCUCCAAGAAGAAUCUGUAGGAAAGCUUAUCUGCG